CAGGCCGCCGCAGUGCGCGCGCAGCGGGCCUGCGUGCGGGGACCGCGGUGGACCAUGGAGGCUGGGACAGACCUUGCCGGUCCCCGCGCUCUUCUCCCGGCCCGGCCGCCACCCCCCGAGACACUGCCGCGGGCAAGCUGGGACGACGACGCGUACGACUGCCCUGACUACUACUACCUGCGGGACUUCCCGGCCUCGGGGGCCGGGCGCAGCAAGGGUCGGACCCGGCGGGAGCAGGUCCUGCGCACCAACCGGCCGGUGCCCGGCGGCCACGAGCGCAGAGUCGCGCAGAAGCUCCUCGCCGGACUGCGCAAGCGCCGCCAGCGCCAGCUGCAGCCGAGGCCACGCACGCGCCUUGCGUGAGCGCCCAGAGCGGACGCCCUCAGCUUGGCAGUUGCUGCAAGGAUACUCAAAGGACCUGUUAAAAGUACUUCCGCCGACUCCAGUUGUAACUGCGCUCCUCCGUGUUGGUCUACAGAACUGCUCCACAUCGCCUAAAUUUACUGCUUCAGUCUUUGCUUUACACUUGUUAGUUAGGUGAUGUCCAGUGGCUAUGCCUUCUUAAGGUUUUUAAUUUAAUUAAAAGAAGACAGCA